AUGAAGAAACUUCAAGCUCUUAGACCUCUCGGGCCUCGAGAGAGCUGGCGCCAGUUUUUCAAGCGUCUUAUUAUUGUCUUCACUGCAUUUACUAUCCUCAUGCUCAUCGUGCAAUAUCUAGCAAACUUCAUGUCUUCACAAUUGUCGCUCCUAAAUGUCGUGAAAAUUAAUUCACUAAGAUAUUCGACAUUCCGAAAAUGCUCCAUCAAUAAAUUUCUUGAGACGGGAUUGCCAUGGUUAGAAAGCGCUUCACCCAUUGCACUACAGGAAUUCGUCAAGCGAAGAAAUAAUUUAGCUGCUGCUCUUGAAAAUGAUGGGAUCGAUGCUUUUAUUGUGGAGCCGGGAUAUACAUUUCAAUAUUAUGCUAAUAUCAGCCAAAAGGAUUGGGAGGUUUGGGAGCCCGAAGAGCGACCAUUUCUCAUGCUUAUUUCUCCUCAUUUUGAUACGACUUUAAGUGAAGUUGUUGCAAAAACUACAUUUCUGGCACCAAAUUUUGAAGAGGGCAGGGUAAGAAUGCUCGGUAUGCCAUUUGAGGAAGACCUGAGUAUUAUUACUUGGGAAGAACACUGGAAUCCUUACUCUACGCUUUGGGAAAACUGGCAUACGGUCAUAGGUACAAAAGAUCCAGGUUCUAUUGGAAUACCAAAAGUAAUGGUCGAUGAAGAAAUGAGAGACUUCAUCCAAAGAGGCCUUGGUGAGAAUGAUUUUGAGGUCGUGGGGCUUGCUGGUAGUGUGAAACGAGUAAAGCAAACGAAAACAGUUGGUGAGGUGAAUAUCUUGAGAGCAGUCAAUACAGGAACUGUCGAGGCAUUACAGGCCAUGCGAAAGUGUAUGGUGCCAGGCUUGUCUGAAAAUGAGGUCAUGGCUAGUCUGGACAGUACAAUGCGAGCUGGUGGCAUGGAGCCAUUCUUCGAUAUCGUCCUUUUCGAUGAGAAUGCCGCAAUGCCGCAUGGUGGACCAAACGGAAGUAAAGUGCUCGAAAAAGAGACUCUCGUAUUAAUAGAUGUUGGGGCUCACUUGUAUGGAUAUUCUUCAGAUAUUUGUAGAACAUUUUUUCCACCCUUCUUUCCAGAACCAAAAGAUCAUUCGCUACUUUCACCAACCGCCCAGCACAAAAUCGCAGCUUGGGACAUUGUAUAUGAUGCACAAACCAAAGCUCUUGAUGCGCUGAAACCAAAUUCAUCAUGCGCAUCUGUAGACAUCGCUGCUCGGGAUGUUAUUGCUGAUGCCGGCUACGAGAAAGCAUUCACACAUCGUGUUGGACAUGGAAUCGGUAUCAAAGCGCAUGAGAGUCCAUAUCUGAAUAAGGGAAAUGUAGAAGAGAUACUAAAUGCAGGUAUGGUGUUCACACUAGAGCCCGGAGUGUAUCUCGAAGGGAAGUUUGGUGUAAGGCAUGAAGAUGUUUUCGUGGUAAGAGGGGAUGGAGAAGCAGAGAUUUUGACAGGUUCCAGGGCGAAAAGCCCUUGGGAUCCAUGA